ACAGAGUGGACGCUCCAUUUGAAAGUUUCUCUCCUGUGGCAAUUUGACUUUCCGAUGAGCUCAUGUGGAGACUUUGCAGCCGGCGAGGGCUCCAAGCUGGAAACGGUGAUCCAGACAUUACAGAGCACGGUGCAGAGUGCAGAGAACGGGAAAGGAUUUUUAUUUCGAGGGGAUACUGAGGAUUCGCCCCUGACUUGUCUUUCUGCCAAAAUACGAGAAAUCGUCACCAAAAACUUAACAGAGGAGGAGAAAUCAGCAUCACCCUUGGAGAUGACGUCUGUGCUGCCUCUUCAAGAAGAGAAUCGUAUCUUACAGCAGGAGUUAUCCCGUGUUGAGGACCUCCUUGCUCAGAGCCGAGCGGAGCGAGAUGAGCUUGCAAUUAAAUAUAACGCCAUCAGUGAGCGGCUGGAGCAGGCCCUGAAGCUGGAGACAGGGGAGAGAGAGCGCGAAAGUCUAGAAAACAAGAGCCUGGCACAGCAGAACAUUGAGCUACGCCGACGACUGGAGGAGGAACAGGCUUCAUAUAAACGCAAGCUUCAGGCCUACCAGGAGGGUCAGCAACGACAGGCCCAAUUGGUUCAGAAGCUUCAGUCUAAGGUCCUUCAGUACAAGAAGAAAUGUGGUGAGGCGGAGCAGCAACUGAUUGAGAAAGCCACAGAGUUGGAACAGCACCGACUCUCUAGCCAGUUGGACCUCACAGAGUCACGACUGCGGCAGUCUGAAGAGGAACAGAGCAAUGACCUAGAAAACACCCUAAUCCGCCUGGAGGAAGAACAGCAGAGAAGUGCUAGCCUGACCCAGGUGAACUCUAUGCUCCGGGAACAACUGGACCAGGCAAACUCUGCCAACCUUGCCCUGAGUGAGGACAUUCGCAAAUUGACUGCCGAUUGGACUAAGGCACGGGAGGAACUCGAGCAGAAGGAACUGGAGUGGAGGCAGGAAGAGGAGUCCUUUAACACAUACUUCAGCAACGAGCACAACCGUCUGCUGACGCUCUGGAGACAGGUUGUGGGCUUCAGGCGUCACUUCUGUGAGAUAAAAUCAGCCAGUGAACGGGACCUCUCCGAGCUGCGGAAUGAUCUGGCGAAAUCCUCGCGCACGAUUCACGCGUCGUGCCUGAACCUGAGUGGCCACCUGUGCCUGUCGGAGACCAGCUCGACUGUGGUGCUGGAGAAACAGUCGAGCCAGCUCGCACAGCUGGAGGAGCAGCUCCGGGACAAGGUGCGGGAGAUGAUCCAGCUGCAAACCAAGUAUGAUCGGGAAAAAGCCGAACAGAAUGCCAGGAUCACGGAGCUGAUGGUGACUGUUGAACGCCUGACGGCCCAGAACAAUGAGAAAGAGAAGACCAUCAGCGGCCUGAGCCAGACAGUGGAGAACCUGGAGUCGAGCCGCGCUGAGGCGCAGGAUGUUCAGGAUGGAGCUGAGAUCGAGUCUGUGAAAGCAGAGGUGGAGUCAUUGCAUCAAAUACUGAGAGACAUCACACAGGUUGUUAUUUCUGAUGUUGAUAGUGGAGCACAGUUCACAUCGACUGAACGGGCUGGCGAUGUCACAGAAACGGAUUCCUCUCUGUUUAGUCCCUUGGGGAUACCGCCUAGCCUGCGCACGCCAUCUCCACGCCGAUGGACCUCCCCACGCCGCAGCCAUUCGCCACGACACACCCUCUCGCCAGCCUUCACUGACUCCAUGUACUCGGCUGUUCAAGUUGCCGUGCAGAAGAAGCAACUCCUGAUUCAGGAUCUCCGUGCAAAGUACGAGGCAAACCAGGAUUUGCUGGCCAGCCUGAAGAAGCAGUUGAGCGACAGUGAGAACGAUCGUCGGGCACUAGAGCAGCAGAUCCUCAAACUCAAGGAGGAGACCGAAGACUCGGUGCGAGCCAAGGAUGAUGCCAAGCGCGAUGCCAAUCGAUUCCGCUCUUCUGCGGACCUGCUAGGAAGCGAGAAGUCAAACUUGGAGAGGUCUCUUCAGUCCAUCCAACAGCAGAUCGAGAUGGCGCAGCAGGAGAACGAGAGACUGCAGCUGGCCAACGGUGAACUCCAGCGUCAGCGAGACAAUCUGGAGGACGAGAAGGAGGACAUCUUGAAGGAUAAGGAGAGGGCGCAGAAAGAAAUCGAGCGAGGCCACAAGAUGCUCGAACAGAUGGAAGUAAAGAACUCGAGUAUGAAAAAGGAGUUGAUAUUGGUGAAGGAAGCCUUGAGCAAGGCCACACUGGACAAGGAAGUGCUGGAGAAUGAGAAAGCUGGAAUUGAAGAGGCAUUAAGCAAGGUGGAGACUGCAAAUGCUGAGAUGGAGCUUAUCCUCAACAAGUUGAGGACGGAGCAAGCUUCCCUCCGGGAUUCUCUGUCCAAGAUGAGCGCCUUCAAUGAGGGCCUGGCUCAGGAUAAAGUGCAGCUGAACAAAAUCAUCCUGCAGCUAGAGGAUGAGAAGGCUACGCUGCUGGGUCAGAAGAAAGAAGUCGAACAGGAGAAGGCCUCGAUCCGUGAUGAGUUAGUCCGACUGGAACAAGAGAAGCUGGACCUGCACACUGAGCGCCAUGGCCUGGACCACUCCCUGCAGAUCGUGGAGCAGAGCCGUGAGAGACUGGAGCAGGACCUGAUGACGUAUCAGCGGGAAAAGGGGGAGCUGCAGGGUCAGCUGGGACAGGUGACACGGCAAAAGAACAGUCUGAACGAGGAGCUGAUCGAGGCUCGCUGUGAAAUCGAGCGCAACAGUGAGUCACUGCUCCGUGCAGCCAAAGAAAAGGAAGAACUGACCAGAGAGAAGGCGAACCUUGUGGUUCAGCUCACGGCAUCCGAGCGUGAGAACACGGUGUUGACAGAUGAAGGAGCAGGUCUCAGGUCUGAGAAGGAGGCCCUGGAGACCACACUGUUCGAUGCCCAGCAGCAGCUGGCUCUGCUGGAGGCUCGGAAGGAGCAGCUUGAGGGAGAGAAUCGGACUUUACUGCUGGCUAAAGAGGCCCUUCAAGUCGGAAGGAAGGAAAUGCAGGUCGAGCAGACUAACGCAGAACGAGACAAGGAGCUCCUUGUGCAGAAGCUUUCCCAAACUGAGCACGAAGCACGAGUUGCUUUGAAAAACGAGCAGACAGCCCAUGAGGAGGAUGUGGAUCGACUGCAGCGAGAGAAGGAAGCCUUGCGCUUGGGCCUAGAAGAGGAGCGUGAGGAGCUCAUCCAUCAGCUGAAGCAGGAACGUGAGGAACUCUAUGCUCGGUGUGAAGCUGAGAAGGAAGAAUUAAGUGAAGAGAUCACGGCCCUGCAGCAGGAACGAGAUGAGACUCUGCUGCUGGCUGAAAACGAGAAGCAGCAGAUCUUGUCCCUGAAGGAGUCGGAGAAGGCAAUCCUCUCGGAGAAGCUGACCAACACUCAGCGUGAACUCGCCACCAUUUCAAUGGACAUGGAGCAGCUGAGGCGGGACACUGGCAGCCGGCAUGAGCAGGACCGGAGCCAAAUUAAUAGUUUGAUAUCAGAGUUGAAGAAUUUCCAUGCCCAGUUUGAAGAAGCUGUCACUGCCCAUGAGCGAGAGAUGAAGACCCAGAAUGAGCAGGUCAAGGAGCUGAUGAAACAGCGUGAGGCUGCACUCCGAGAGGUGGAGGAGCUGAAGACGCAGCUUCGAGUGGCGGAAGACGCCCGCGAUGGCAUCCGGCGUGACAUAAUUGAAGCUCAUCGUAAGAUCCGGGAGCAGCAGGAGACCCAGGAGGCGCAGCGCAAAGAGGUCGUGGACCUGAAACGUUCGCUAACCGAUGAGGUGAAGGAGAAGGAGGCCGUUCAGCAAUCCAACCAGGAACUGAGAGGCAACAUCAAGAAAACGGAGAGUGAAAGGAUCAGUUUGAAACGAUCCAACGAGGAGAAGGAACAGAGGUUGUCUGUGCUGGAGGAGGCGAAGGUGAACGGUGAGAAGGAAUCGGCAGACCUACGAUCGAGUCUCCGCGAGGUCGAGAAAUCCCGCCUGGAAGCACGACGUGAACUUCAGGACUUGCGCCGACAGGUGAAGAUGUUGGACAGUGAAAACACAAAGAAGAAUAAGGAGGUACUGGAGCUUCAGGCUCGUGUGACGCUGGACGAACAACGAGAGGAGGAGAGCAGACGCGAGUCAUUUGAACUAAAACAGAAAAUAGUGCAAACUGAAGCCAGCAGGGAAUCUGCUCGGAAGGAGGUGACCAACCUUAAGCGCAAGAUGGCGGAAGUUGAGCAGGAGUUCCGCAUCCGGGAGAAAGAACUGUUGGGCAGCCUGGAGGAGGCCCAGGGAAAUGGGAAGAAGCUCCUGGACAAUGCGCACAAUCUGGAGUUGAAGCUGGAGAAAGCUCAUGGCGAGAUCCACGAACUCUGCCUGAAGCUGAGCGCAGCCGAGGGCCGCAUAACUGGGUUGGAGGCUGAGUUAGCGCGGGUGGAGGGGAUGAAACGGGACGUGGAGUUCAAGCUGGGGAGUCUGCAUUCUGCACUCCGCCGCACUCUGGGAAUCAGCCGAACUGGACGGACACAGAGUCCCGCAAUCCGUGGACGCAGCAUCUCACCCCACAGACCACAGUCUCCAACAAAAGGUUUUGACACAGUGGAUGGCAGCCCCAUUCCUCAGACUGGAACCCCUGAACGCAGCAACACAUCGCGUUCUGCAUCACCUGAACGCUCCUUCUCCCCAACUCGCAGCGAACAACUUGUGGCCGACGUUGACCCGGAAGUGGUUCGAGCAGCGCUGCGGGAUUUCCUUCAAGAGCUGAGAGACACGCAGAGGGACCGGGAUGAAGCACGCAUUCAGGUUUCUAACCUGAGCAAACAGCUGAGAGAGAUGGAGUCUGAUCGGGACAAUGUCAACAGUCGCUUACAGCAGCUACAGAAAUCACUGGCUGAUUGUGAGGAAGGUAAGCGGGGCAUUGACGGGCGAUUGGCCAGCGCUCAAACUGCACUUACACUGCAGGAGGAGGCAAUCCGUCGCAAUGAGAGAGAACGCAAAGCGCUGCUUGAUAAGAUUGCUACACUGGAGAGAACCAUCCAGUCAGCUGACAGUGACAGGCGAACCAUGCAGGACAAAAUGAGCAAAAUGAAAGCAAACGAGGCCAAGCUGGAGAAUGACAAGCGCAAACUAAAGGAGUUCCUCGAUGCCUCCGAGAGCCGCGCCACAAAGCUGGAGCUCAUUCGUCGCUCGCUGGAGGGAGAGCUGCAGAGAAUGAAGCUGGUCACGAGCGACCGGGAAGCCGAGAUCCAGGUGCUUCAGGACCGGAUUGGUACCCUGCAGAGGCAGGUGGCAGACAGCCAGGCCAAGGCCAACAGCCUGCAGCUGACUGUGGACCGGCUGAAUUCCUCGCUUACCAAAUCGGAGGAGGGGGAGAGCCAACUGAAGGACAAAGUGCAGAGCCUGUCGCUGUUGCUCUCCGACAGGACAGCUAGUGCCUCUGCGCUCCAGGAAAAGUUGGCCCAGCUGCAGAAAGCAUUGACCAGCAGCGAGCAUGACCGUCGCAUCCUUCAUGAGCGCCUGGAAGCCGCACGUCAGGCUGUUAGCGAGACAAAGAAACAGAACACGUCAUUGUCCGACAGGGUCCAGAGCCUCCAGAAUGAGCAGCAGGACAUGGAGCAGCAGCGGGAGGAACUGGAAUGUCAACUUCGCAAACUUCAGGAGAUGUUGCACCAGCGUCAGGAAGGUGAUGAGAUUGCACUGCGGAGUGUUCAGAAACUGCAGGAGGAGAAACACCUUCUCCAGGAGCGGCUCAGUGUCCUGCAGCGUGCCAUCGCUCAGCAGGAGAAUGAGAAGCGCGAGCUGGAGCGGUCAUCAGUCCGGCUGGAGAAGGAUAAAAAUGCCCUGAAAAAGACACUGGACAAGGUAGAACGUGAGAGACUGCGGUCGGAGGAAGAUACCAUGCGCAUGUCUGCGGAGAAAGGACGCCUGGAUCGUUCACUCACAACAGUGGAACAGGAGCUUGUGGAAGCUCAGAGACAGACCCAGGAACUGCAGGCCCAGCUUUCAGACAUCGAGCAGUCUCACUCCCAAAGCCUGAUCGAAGCUGCCGUCCGCCACCGGCAGGAGCUCCAGAAGGAGACAGAGCGACUGCGAGCGGCUCAGUUGCAGACCGAGAGGACGCUGGAAGCACGGGAACGGGCUCAUCGGCAACGCGUGAAAGGACUCGAAGAACAGGUUUCAACACUGAAGGACCAACUACAGCAGGAACUCCGGAGACGCCAGCCUCAGUAUUCCCACUCCAUCCUCUCUGGAAAUUAAUUCCAUUGCUGGCACUUUGCAGCAUCUUUGUGGUAGAAUAUCAGCCUUCAAUCCCUUGUACAACAGUGAUCAACCACAACAUGCACUGAAGCCCUACUGACAGCAGUCAUAGAACACUACCCCUCCACCCCCCCAUCACCAACAUCUGGCCCAAAUCAUCACCACGACAACUGAACCCAAUGUUGGGAAGAAUCUCCAGCAGAGACCCUGUCAUUGUUACAGGACAGGCUUCAUGUACUGUUCAUUUGUUUCCCUUGUGUUGUGUUCCAUAUACAGGUUUCCAUCGCUUCUCUUAUAAAGCCUACUCUGAGGGGGUUGCCAAUGCAUCUGGGGAAAUGGUCAGCAUGAUAUGCCUUUGACACCCCAGACAGAGUCUGGGCCAAUCUAAGCUAUUUGAAAUAAGUAAAGGGCAGUGGUCUGGUUUUGUUCAGUAUCUUCUUCCCAUUUUAAUAACAAAAAUGGCAACAAGCUUCUAAUUUCUAAAACGAUUUUCAGCCUUGAGAGGAUUAGACACACUGAUCAGAGUUGGUUAAACUCCUGAACAUUGGUUUCAAAAGGUUAAAUUUACCAUGUCUCUGAAGCAUAGGUCUGCGAGGGUUAAAUCUCUCUCCUUCCCCAAGUGGUUGUCUGAAUGAGUUAGAGAGCCUCCUGAGGUAACAAUUAUGCAAACUCUAAACCCCUCCAUCCCUCUGAAUUAUGUUAGCUGGAAACGGCUUAUCAUCCUUUCAGGCCUUAUUGUGCCCUGUCCAUCAUUGAUUGUGGCUAUCGGAUUUUCCAGGGAUUCGAGAGCACUGGUUCAAGGUCUCCAAGCGCAGACACGUUAAACACAUUCAACCCCAACCACCACUCUGUGUCCUGGCACACCACUGUUUCCCACAGGUCUGCCUGCUGUGGAGCCCUUCAACAUGGACAGCCUGUUGCACCAGGUUUGAAUCUCCGCUGGUUUGCUAAUCUGCCAGUAUAUAAAAUGGGAAGCUCUGAAUGGCUGAGUGCAUCAGGUGGUAUAUGUAAAGAAGGAUUCUGACUGAUGGUUCAGAUCGUCUGUUCUGACACAAAACAGAAAAUCUUCAUAUCCGACAAAGUCAUAGGGAUCAGAAUGUGAGAUCAUUUGUGAGUUUAGGCUGUGCAUGGGGCCUGUAAUGAACACCAUGGUCAUUACCAUAUCCGACUGAGGGACUCUCUGGAAGGUGUAAAACAGCCACCAAAAAUCCAGAUUACUAAUCCUGAUUUUUUUUUUUAACACCAAACUCCCAUCUCCAUUGUGGGGACUCUCACUGUGCAGCUGAUAGUAGCCAUUAAGGUUUUCAGUGAAAUUUCAUGAGCUGCAAAGCAAACAUCACAACUGAAACCCCGACCUCACUCUCUGUCACUGAUCUGUUUGGGAUGGCAACAGGAGCCGUUUUUAAUAAGUCUGGGCAGAGGUUAAGCUAGUGGAACCUGACGUGUUCUAUUGAUGAAGCAGCUUGUUUUCUCUGAUCGAGGCUGGCAAGACUCAGUAGUGGGUACUGGAGGGAGAGUCAGUGACACCAAUAAAUCCACAUCAAGGAAGGAAAGGAAAAAAGACUUGCAUUCCUGAGGCACCUUUCACAACUCAGGUUAUCCCAAAGCGCUUUACAGCCAAUGUACCUUUGGAAUGGAGUCACCAUUGUAGGAAAAAUGGCAGCCAAUUUGCGUAUAGUAAGGUCCCUGAAACAGCAAGGUGACACUGACCCCAUAUUUUUUAGUGAUGCUGGGCAAGGGUUGAAUGUUGGUCCAGAUCCCAGGAGAAAAGCUCUUCGAACUAGUGUUGGGGGAUUAAGAUGGAGGAAAGUGGUGACAAUUUGCAGCAAAAUGUUAACAUUCACUAAUGGGCACACAACAUAUGAUUCAGGAUAACAUGAGAAUGAUUCUAGUGUUGUUUUGUGCUUUUCUCCCAUUCUUGCUUUUGCAUUUUAUUCUAACACUGUCCCUGCAACAUGCCAUGUUGGCUUCUCCACCAGCAUCAACCAUUUUUGAGCGAUCAUAUAAAUUGUGUUUGUAUUUUAAGUAUAGAUUACCGUGGUGCUACACUAAAUGAAUGCUGGGGAAACCUGGCUCCAGACUAGCAGGCGAGAAUAGGCCCAGAAGAUAGAUUUUUAUUAAAGAACUGCGGGCUUUUUAAAAUAAAUUGCGACUGAACUUUUUUGAUAGGACAGGCUGCAUUAACACACAGCCUAGUGUUUUUACUUGUCUGAUAUUAGAGCGUCGCUAAGCUCUCUGUGGAUAAAUGUAGUAAUGAGCCAUUCAGACUGGAAGGUCCCAGGUUUGAAAUUGAUCUGUGAUAAGUUUUAUGAUCUCAGCCAGGUGGCAAUUGGGACCUCAGCGUCCUUGGGCUAGAGAGGGACUGCUCCUCCAACAGCCAUUUGCUAAGUUGCCCAAACGGCUAUUCAUAUGCCUGUUGGAGGAAGGAGAAGGACAUCACAGCUGAGCCUGAUUCUGUCCUUGGCUAAAAUCCACACAAGCGCACAUGGGUAGCAGGAGCUGAUGGAUAGUAGUCAGGGGCAGGAACCCUGGCUGAUUUCUCUCACCACUGCUCCAACUAAGAUCAGUCAACUCAGCUCAGACCAGGUUCUAAUUUGGCACCUACGUGGACUUUGUGGUGCAUUAUCGCACUGGGAGGUGCAUUACACUCCGGCGCAUAAAGAGAGAGUCUACAUUUAAGAGACUCUGACAGUGCGCAGAGGUGCUCAACUAGGUCCAACUAUCUGCAUGUGCCAUCAGUUUUAUUCCUUGUAACUUAGCAGAAUCCAAGUAAUGAAUUGGGUCUGAGGAUAAAUUUAAUUUAAUAAAUUGUGCAUUAUUCAAAAUGUAUUCUUCUUCUAUCAUUAUCCAGGAUUUACUGUAGCAGCUUCUCUUGGACUGUUUGUCCACAAAAUGAAUUUAUUCUAAAGUAUUGCAAUAACUAGCAGUUGACGAGCCCAAACACUGAUUGUUUGAGGCAACUAAUGUUCAUCUCCUUGCAUGCGUCAGGAUAUAUUUUUGCAAAUCAGUGUUUAGACCAGUUUUCCAGAAGUGAACUAUUAACCAAAACUGAAUGUUGAGAUGCUGUACAUUAAGAUUAGUGUUUGUGAAAUUAACGUUAAAUGCUGAAUUCUAAAUACACCAGGUUGACAGUAUCUUUGAUAUGCUGCAGACAGUGAAAUAUAGACACUUUAUCAGAGCUGACUGGAGCUGAUUGUCUGUGUCCAGAUCCACUCUUCAUCUGCCUAGAUGAAUAGAUUUCAAAAGUAUCUAGAGUACAAUAAUUUUUUUAAAGCAUCCCUUUUUUGACAAGAUUUAAAAUCACAGAAGAUCUGUUGUUCAUAAUCUAAAGAAAUCAGUACAAAUGCUUAAAAUAUCUAUUUUUUGAUGUGUUCCUUUUUAAAAUAAUUUGCUGUUUCCUGGUCUUUUCUGAUGUUUCCCCAGUAGCUUAGUGCUGUUAGAUUCAGCAUCAACUUUAAAUGAGAGCGAGAGAGCCAAUUGUUUCUGGUUCCUUGCCCCUUAUGCAGAGGGACGCACAAGAUGUGUUGCACCUGCCAUUUUGUAAACCAGUGACUUUUCUCGCAGUUUGUGACAGAUGUUGGAUGAUGUUUUACAGUUAUCUCUUGCGAUGGUUUCGCAGCGCAGUUCUGGAACCUCACAAGGGUUCUCACUCUCCUGUUCUUGAACCUUGAGGGGCCUAUGCUGAGAUGCACGGGACCACCUCUGUCGACCAAAAUGCUUCAGAGACGUCUGUCCUUCAGGUAACCAACGCUAAGCUGAAUCGAGACUGGUGGCAUGAGCCCUGAGGAACAGAAACAGUGCCAUAUCCUGUGAGGGAACUGCGACUAUUGUUUUCAGAGGUGGGGGGGGGAUGAUCACCAGGGGGCAUCUUGAUCUAUGCUGUCACUGGAAGCUUGAAUCGAAUCCACCAGAGCCCAACUGCAGCAGUCCCAGCCGCUCCCUCACCAUUGCACGUUUACUUUUCAUUCAUACACCUUUUUUUGGCCAAGUAAGAGAUUGCAGAAGAGAAACAUCCUGUCCGACCCUGGUUUUCCAAAAUAUUUGCUGCAUCUGUGAUGUGUUUCUGCUGAGUUUGGGUGCAUUAGGUUGCUACUUUUGUAGGUGUCUUACUUUAACCACUGUCCCACCCCCUUGCGUCCACUGUUCAAUGCUACUCAGUGUUAUUUUUCUACUCAAAUGCUUUAUUACCACACUGAGUGGAUUGGAGAGAUGAUGGCCGCCUUGCUAUGUGAAUUGCUUUGUGAGAUGGUACAGAAAAUAAACAGUGAACAUUCA